UCGCCCCCAUCCUCCUUCGCUCCUAGGCAGCUCAGCGAUUGAUCAACCUCUGAGUGCCCCGAGAGGCAGAGACUCCUCGCUUGCAGUACAGCAGCCCCCUCUAUCUCUCCCCUCAGAAGAGGGAAAGAAAUAGAAGGGAGGAGAGAAGAGGGAUAAUCAUAUGACCGUGGUAAUAAAUAACCCGAAGAGAGCCUGUCCUGCUAGCUCAGAUGCUGCAAUGCUGACAGCUCUGAAUGUGGGGAGAGGCAGCCUCUGAGGGAACCACCACAGCCGGCCCCCAUCUCCUGCGCAGCCCCAGGAGUCCCCGCUCCAGCCUUCCUCCCCUGGGCGCCCGAGCCCCGCAGAGCGAGCCGCUUUCCUGACCAGCAGCCGAGAGCGGAGAGACAAGACGCAAGUUGUCCUAUAGCAGCGGCGGCGGCGGCGGCAGCCAAGGCAGCCAGACGUCCAGCUUCUCGCCUCCCGCCUGUCCUCCAGCUCCGCGUCCCCGCCCCUCAGCGCAGCGCCGCGUGUGCGCCUCCCUUCGCCUCAUCCUCCCCAGCUCCACUGGUUUAGCGCGGAGUCCGCUGCUGGAGCAGAUCGCUCCUAGUCGGCAUCCGGAGAAGUCAAGUCAGUCGCCUGCGUCUAGGAAAGAGUGGGUGCUUUUCUCCCGGCUCGCCCGAGCCACGGAAGAAGAUUAAGAUGGCCACUCUGCUCCGGAAAAUCGGGCUCAUCCGGCUGCACAACCGGGACACGGAGGACCCCAAACAUCAUCACAACCACCUCCACAGCAGCAGCCAGCACGGCCGCGGCGGCGGCGGCGGCGGCUCCUCGCUGAGGGGCAAAAGCAACCAGAAGAACCACAGUAACAAGCAGCAGCAACAGCAGAAUGCUCAGGGAGGAGGGGGUGGCUGCAGCGGCGGCGGCAGCGAAGGCAGCCCGGGGCACUCCAAGAACAAGCGAGCGCUGGAGCUGGCCAACAAGGACCAGCAGCAGCAGCAGCAGCAGCAGCAGCAGUCCAGCGCCGGGGUCCACAAGGAGAAGCAGGCGAGCGCCAGGGAGAACCAGUCUACUAAGGAAUCCAAGCAGCAGGGCGGGGGCGGCGGCCGCAGCGGCGGCGGCGGCGGCGGGAAAGGCUCCUCGCAGGUGGCCCAGACCCCGGCGGCCGGCAGCCUGGCGCCGAUGGGGCGGGGGCAGCCCGGUACCCAGGUGAGGAGCCGGCGGCUGAUGAAGGAGCUGCAGGACAUCUCCCGGCUGAGCGACCGCUUCAUCUCGGUGGAGCUGGUGGACGAGAGCCUCUACGACUGGAACGUGAAGCUGCACCAGGUGGACAAGGACUCGGUGUUGUGGCAGGACAUGAAAGAGACCAACACCGAGUUCAUCCUGCUCAACCUUACCUUCCCAGACAACUUCCCCUUCUCGCCGCCCUUCAUGCGGGUGCUUAGUCCCCGGCUGGAGAACGGCUAUGUGCUGGACGGGGGAGCCAUCUGCAUGGAGUUGCUCACCCCCCGGGGCUGGUCCAGCGCCUACACAGUCGAGGCUGUCAUGAGGCAGUUCGCGGCCAGCCUUGUGAAGGGCCAGGGUCGAAUCUGUAGAAAAGCCGGCAAAUCAAAAAAGUCCUUCAGUCGCAAGGAAGCGGAAGCAACGUUUAAGAGUUUGGUGAAGACUCACGAAAAGUAUGGUUGGGUCACCCCUCCGGUCUCUGAUGGCUGAUAUUCGAAACCUUGCAUUAGACGAUUAAAACAAAACAAAACAAAACACACAAAUACUAUGACAUCUCCUCCUCAGUGCUGUACAUCCACUCAUCCUUUUCUACGUCAGCUUCUGUUAGAUACUGUACCAUGAAUGUCAAAGAGACAUUUAAGUUAUUUAUGAACAGAUUGUUUACAGAAAGAGAAAGAGGGAGGGAGAGAGUUGGGUAGAAAAGAUACUGUUUAGGAUUAUGUUUCAAUAAUAAAUGGUCAUCUUGAAGUCACUUUAGAGUGAAUGUUGAGACGCUUUCAUUUCCUUUCAUCCACCCUCCCCCCCAUACAGUCCACAUUGUCUUCACCUUCUUGCCAUGACAGCUGCACCAAAGAGCAGAGAUGGAAAAUCUGUCCAUCUCUGCUCAGUCCAUUUCAAUGUAAAUGAAGCUGUUCAUCUUUAAUAGGGAAGCAGUGCAUUGCAGAUACAUGUUUGCUGUGCUAUUUAUCUUCAUUUUGUUUUCUAGCAAAUCAACGUAACUUGAAGAUUUGUCUUUAUGUGGAGCUAUGGUCUGCUGUGACUAAAUUUAGACCUCAUUUGUGAUCUCUCUGACCUUUUGCCUCAUAGGAAAAAAAAAUUCUGACAUUGCCAGUUCUUCAUGGUACAAGAUCAUCUAUAGGAUGAACUUGCCCAUUUGGUCAAAAUGUGCUCUCUAUGCUAAUUUUGUGGUAUGCUGUUGUUCACAGACAAACCGAAAAAAGACUGGUGAGAUUUCCAAUAAAAAGUGCAACCCCUACUCCAGGAUGGGAUUCAAAUUAAUUAAUUGAUGGUAGAAUAAUAGGUUUGUUUUUUUCCUUUUACUGGUGUAAUGCAGUAUUGCUAUGAUAGCACAUUUGUUUGUUUGCCUGUCAGUUUUCAACUGGCAAACCAUACACAAAAAAGUAUGACAAUUUACAUUCACAAAAGUUAAUAUGACAUUUUAAAAUAUGUGCCAGUGGAUGUGAAAGUCAGAGCUUCAAAAAAGUAAAAAUAAGUGAAUUGUAAGAUGAUUUGCAUGGCUGGAUUUUUUUUUAACCAAAUAGUCAUUGUAUGUAUUUUGAUCCCAAUAUGUGAGAGAACCCACUGCUGUAUAUAAAUGUCCUGUUAUUUAAUCUUUGGGAUUUCAUUUUUCUCUUCUGUUAAAUUACUUAGAACUUUCUUUAAAAAAAAAUUCAAAGAAAGCAAAAAAUAAUGUUUAUAUCGAUCUGUGAAAAGAGGUUUAAAAUGGUGAUUCCAAAUGGAAAAUAUCAUUGGACACAUUUUAAAUAAAAUCACCCAUACCUGUUCCACUGUUUCAAGAAUUCAAUCAUUUGGGGAUACUCUUCCAUUUAAAAUAUUUACCCUGUUAGCAUUUUUAUUCCUGAUACCAGAAAUACUGAUUGAUUAUAACAGGCAGUCCUGUCAAAAACACAUUGCUAUAAUGAUCCUAGCCUAUGUGUUUAAGCCAGCGCUUUUGAUCAAAUUCUCUAAACAGUUGCCCAUUGCAUUUUUAUCAUGCGUUGGAAGGUUGGGGGGAGGGAAUCCUUUUUAGUAAUUAUUUAUGAUGCUUCAGGCAUUUUUGGCUGCUGAGGAGCUCAUUUAUUUGGUCUGAGGAUUUUAAAGUUCAUCGAGACAGUGCUGCAAAGAACAGAUGGUUAUGAGCUACCCAGUGUGGCUUGGUGACUAACAAAAUUCAGUCUUUGCUUUCAGGUAGUCACAUGUUUCCUACUGCUGUUUUUGCUUUUUGAAAGCUCAAAUUUUUCUCAUUAAAAAAAAUCUACCAUCUUGUUUUAUCAGACCAAAAGUGACUAUCUUGAGUGUUGUCAAAAGUCCUGAUUAUUCUGUUUGAAGAAAAUGAGAGAAAAUUUUCCCUGUUCAGUUUUCUGCUCAAAGGCACUUGCUUCUUAUAAGAUAGGUAUGAAAGUAUAUUAUAAUGAACUUAAAGGAAGUCACAUUUGAGCCUCUCCAGUAAAAUCCUCUAUAUGGAAAGUACAAUUUAGGGGGUGGCAUUUGAGUUGUUAGGUAAUGAAGAUGACUUUAUUGUAAUGCAAUUACUAUAUGUUAGAUUUUUGUUUUAAAGAAUCUAUAAGAUAUAUGUUUGCCAAGGAUUUUUAAAAAUAUGGAUCUGUUUCAUCAGUAUAAAAAGUUCCCAAAGAGGAAACUCCCUCUACCAAUCCUGAUCAACAAUUGUCUUGUAACCUAUAGUUUGAAAGGAUUGCCAGGGGUCCUAAGAAGUUGUUACUUGACCAGGAUCACAUAGCCGGUAUGUAUCAGAGUCAAGACUUGAACCCAGGUCUUUCUGACUUAGAGGUCUGCUCUCUAUCCACUGCACCAUGCUGCCUCUCUCGCUUAGGGAUUAUCCCCUACAAAACAAUGAUGAACUUUUUUUGUUGUUGUUUCUUCCCCUUGGUUUCCUCUCAGUGUUGCAAUUUUUUAAGAUUAAAAGAAACCAUUACUCCUGAAAGCUGUGACCUAAUGCAAAAUUCCAAGACUUGAUUCAAGGAAACAACAAUUGAACACAAGAAUUCUGCGAUGCUUGUCAAUUACUUUGUUUAAAAAUCUUAGCAGUUCUUCAAAUUGAUUACUUGAGGUACAAAGCUUCCAACUGAAUGCUGUACAAAAUGAUGAAGCAAGACGAGUUGUAACCCAGAAUCUUGAUCAUUAUCUUCAACAUCGUUUGUCCAAUAAUUGUGUACAUUAAAGGGGAAGUAGGCUUGAUUUCUAGCCUCUUUCUGCAUAUUAUUUUCAUUAUGAUUUGUAAAAAAGGAGGCAGCAUUGUACAAACCAUCAAGCUCAUUACAUAGUUGAAAGUCCUAAAUCUGGACUCCAUUUCUGCCUCCAUCAUUGCCUUCAGGUAUGAUGCCAUGCGCUGGUCAUGUAUAUGAUCAGUGCCUCAAAUUUCCUUCCAAGUGAAUCAGAGGUGUGUAGGAGAAAGAUCUAUGUGUACUGAACUUACUAUGCCCUCUAUGAGGAGAGCAUCAUUUGUGGCAUUCUUACUAUAAGCAGAUGUAUGCCAAAUGAGAACCAAGGAAUGAAAAGCGGGGAACAGAAUGACGUAUCUAUUUUAUUAUUUUUGAAAUUUGGAAAAUAGCUGCUCCCCUAAACAUUGGAAACUUUUAUGUUAUUUUUUUUUCUUAAUGGUAAACAAAAAUGCUUUGGAAUCAGGAGUUUUAUUAUUGGAUAGCCUAACUCCAGACUUGGAAAGAAUUUUAAUUAAGACGAAUCCCUGUUUUGUAGUUUAUUAGAAUUUUUCUGCUAUUUCCUUAAAUAAAGGAAUAGCAUUAGAAUAGAAGACAAGUAGUUUUCUUUGUUCUGCAGUAGAUUUUAUUUUUUGUUUGAACAAGAAAACUUAGGAGUCAGUAUGGUACAAUGGGAAUAGGAUUCACUCUGGAGUCCAAGACACUGAGUAUGAAUCCUGGCUUUGCUUUUUAUUAGCAGUACCCAAAGUCGGGCAGGACACUUAACUGCUUUGGGCCUCAGUUUUCUGUUCUGUAAGUUUUAGAGAUUGGAUUGGAUGAUCUCUAAGGCCUCUUCUAGCUCUAAAAAUAGAAUACACUUAUGAAUUUUCUCUAUUUUGUCCUUCCUUUCCCAGGAUCUGGAUAUGUGUACUUAGUUGUGAGUAGAGUGUGGUUUUCUGGCCUAUAGGCAAAUGUGGUUAGUGUUAGUCAAAAAGAGCUGAGCCUGGCUAUUGACAACAUUUUUAUGACUACCAUGGGUCAUGUUCUGGUUGUCUGGUCCAACCAGAGUUUUUCAAACAUUGACAUUAAACUUUGUACCAUCCUAUGAAAGAGAUGACUUCUUACUCUACCCACUGAUAAAGACCCCUAGGAAAGCAGGAUGGGGUGUUCCCACAAAUAACAGGAAUAAUGCAGUACUUGGGAAAGUUAUUCCUGCUUCAAAUAGGUCAUAAAAGAAAGCCUAGUAUAGUGGGUUCAAAUUUUCAUUAGGUAAAAAGUCCCCAUACAUUCACUUAUGUGGUGUAGCUGUCAGUAAGCCCCACAGAUUCCAAACUGGGAGAAUGAGGGGGGAACCCUCUCACACAGACACAAAUAUGACUAUACUUGUACAUCUGAACACCAAGUUCCCUCCCACUGCAAUAAUUUGUCUCUGUGUGAUCUCCAUUUUUCUGAUCUUCAGGAUGCUCUCACCAGUGCCAGCCAAAUGCUGUGUACAGAUAGUCCCCAACUUAAAAACAGAUUGCACUGAGAAAGCUAAUUUCUAAAUCAAUUUGAAACUUGGAAGAAUUUUCUGAAAGAAACAAAAGUUGAAUGAUGAUUAGGUUUCUAUACCAGCCCAUUCUGUACCUGAGCUAAAGUUCUAAUAGCAUUAGGCUAAGUUUUGAGUCCUGGGACUGGGAUGGGGUAGAGGGUAAGGUUAGAAGAGAGGAGAGGAAAUACAUCAUUUGGGAAGGAGAAGGUAGAGUGCAGACCUAGGUGAAAAUCCUGCUACCUCCCUUUCAGCAUUUAACUCCCAUUUUUUUGUUCUGGUCCCCCAAAACUUCUGGCAGUUGUCUCAUAUAGCUCUAAGUCCCUUCGGAUGACACUUCACCUAAAUAUGUCCCUUCUCUCUCCCUUCCCCACCUCCCACCACAUUGAAACUCAUAUUCCUCCUUUGCAGCCAAUAGUAAAAGCCAUAGAAGUGAAGAUAAGGAUGGUGUCCCUAGAGGAUCAUGGAAAUUUGAUGUGACUAGAAGAAGGUAAAGGUUGGUGAAGAGGGAAAUAAAGUCAGAUGUGGUAGUGUAGAGCUAUUAUUAUUUAUCCAAACAACAUUCCCAUGAAGCAAGUAAAAGCAGCUGUUAUUCUUCUUAUUACACAUGUGAAAGCCAAGGCACAGCAAGACUAAAUUACAGUUGGCCAAGGUUGUCAAAAUCCCAACCUAGACCUUUUGUUUGUUUGUUUGUUUUCACCUUAGACUACACUACCUCUGAAAGUAAUCCUGGACCCUGUAGCACACUUAGGGGUAUUUUAGUAAUGAAUUCAAUUCUCUGUCCCAUUGACUAGAAAAUAGGUUCAAGUAAAUCUGCUCUAGAUGUAUAAAGCCUCCCAGAAGAGGGAUUGGGGAAGGGUACAGACCAGCACUCUCUUCUCUUUCAUUUCUUCAGCCACACGUUGCAUUUGAUUGUUUCACUCCCAUGUUCCUUGGAUGGGGUGAGAGUGAGGUAGUUUGAUCAUGCCACCAUAUUCUAAAAUGGGAAGUAAUAGUCCCUCAUGGCAUGGUUGAAUGAUCUUCCACAGAAAACAACAUGACAAGGGUAAAGAUUCUUUUGACAUCCAUGUUCAAACAAUAUGCUCUCCAGGCUAGAGCAGGGAAGAAGCAAAGGGAUUUGUGUAACCUUUGGGAAGUAGCAUUUUAUGAUGGAAAUAACAUUGGAUUUCAAGUCAGAAGCCGAGUUCAAAUUAUAAUUCUGCCACCAACUAUCUCUGUGACUUCAAGAAAUCACUUCUAGGCCUCAGUUUCCUCAUCUAGAAAAUGAAGGAGUUGGACUAGAUGGCUUCUAGUCCUUCUGGCCCUAAAUUUAUGGCCCUAUGACCUUGAUAACUAAUACGCAGAAAAAUACUGCCGCCAUUUCUAGAAAAUGACACAGUGGAAUCCCAUUGUAAUGCUUGUGACAGGGCACAGUAAUAAAUCCUGCUUUCUAAGCUACACUUGAUUGUUGUCAAAAAAUAAAAAAUAAAUAAAAAGCUAAGAAGGAACCUUAUAGGCUAACUAUGGAAUAUUGGGUUUUUACCAAAUGUUGUUCUCUUGAAAUGUAAUAGCUGGAAGAGAAUUUAAAAACCAUCUCGUUUAAUACCUCCAUUUUACAAAUAAAGAAACUAAAACCCAGAAAGGAGAAGUGAUUUUCCAAAGGCCACACCGUGGCAAAACUGGGAUGCUCAAAGACAAGUCUCUCUCCUGAUUUCAGGUUUAAUGUUUUUCACUAUACUAUGUUUAUUGUUACAUUGCAUUAGAUAAGCAUUACAUUAUGCUUCUUAAACAUGUGAUUUCAUUGGGAUAGGGAGCUAUCCAUGCAGAAUUUCAUCUACCAGCGCAGAUGGGCACCUUCUCUGCAACUUAGAGUCUUGGGGAAUCAUCUAGGGCACUGAAAAAUUAGGUGACCUGCCCAAUCUCACAGCCAGGAUGUGUCAGGGGUAGGACUUUAAUCCAAGUCUUCCUGACUGUGAGGCCAAUUCCUUAUCCAUUAGGCCAUACUGCCUCCCAUAUUAUACCACACCUGAUACAAAUUCUUACCUGAACAGAACUUAUGAUGGGGUCCUGUCAUUUUUUUAACCAUGCAGAAACAAAGUUUCUGAGGGAAAGAGCCCUAUGAUUGUAAUGAAAAUAUAGAUCGAGUCCAUUCAGCCUUUCAAACCUGAAUCACACUGAAAAACUUAUUUCUUGGUAUCAUUAGAAAGGCAGCGUCCUUCAACAUUUGUGAGUUAUUCAAAAUUACUUCACACUUGUCAAAAGUGAAUUAGAGGGGGCAGCUAGGUGGCACAGCGGAUAAAGUACUGGCCUUGGAUUCAGGAGAACCUGAGUUCAAAUCCAGCCUCAGACACUUGACACUAUUAGCUGUGUGACCCUGGGCAAGUCACUUAACCCUCAUUGCCCCGCAAAAAAAAAAAAAGUGAAUUAGAAAAGACAGGGUAUAAGAGAUGGCAUGCCCUACUCAGUGUGUGAUGGAGUUAGACAGUGUUAGAACCCUGAGUAGAUGAUCUUAAACAGAAAUUUGUAUUUUGGUUUUAUUUCUUCUGAAAGACAGUGAAAUACUGUAACAAUUUAGUUCUGUGAUCAGAUGUGAGAUAGCCCCUAAACUUUACAAAUUAUCUUUUGGUUAAAAGGAAAAGGUUACUGAUUUAUUCUGUAAUCAUUUUUAAUACAACUUCAGAAACUACCUUAGUAGCAGAGGGAUUACUGCCUUGAGCAGAUAGGCUGGAUAAUGUCAAUACUAAAGAAAGCAGCAAAUGGUGACCAAGUUUAUGGCAUCUCUUUUAGUCAAUGUUCUAUAAAACAUGAGCAAAGUUUUCUUAAUAUAUAAAUGUUUUUUAAUUAUAAGUAAAACUCAAAAGAGAUAUAGAAUUUUUUGCAGCUCAUAACAGAGCCAUACAAAUUAAUUAAGUUGUUGGACCCCGAGUACCCAAACCUCUUUUGAGGUCAACAUAACAAUAUAUACUAAAGGAGUAAACAGAUUUACUAUUUCCCACUGCUAAAUAGCAGAUUACUUAACUUUGGAUAUUGAAAUCCAUUUUCCCAUUCCUUCAAUUAACAAAUAAUUAAAUAAGUGGCAUAUUGUUCUAUUCAAAUCCUAAGGAAGAAAUAAGCUGAAAAUCAAAACUGAUUUGUGAAGGCACUGAGACCAUCAUCUCAUUCUCAUUUCAAAUCUGUAUAGAAGUGGACUUUGAUCUAUAUUGAUUUUACAUGCAGAAAAAUCUCUAGUCCAAGAAUUCACAAAGGUUUUUAGAGCAACUAGAUGUAAGUCACUCAGAGACUAAUACAAAAUUGCCCCACUUUGGGCAGUCAUUGAAGUGAUCAUAGUUUGUACAAACAGACAUAUAACUAAGGAAUAAAGUUUCCUACAUCUUAUUAUUCAGAGAACAAAGUCAAAGGAAAUUACCAGGUGUUUAAAGAUGUACUUGUAAUUUAAAGACUGACAAUACAAUGAUUGUGGCUUUUGUAAAUAAGUCACUAGCUACUUGUGUUAUGCUUUGAAAUUUACAGCAUGGGUAUGAUAUUACUGUACUUUGAAUUUUAGUCUUGUUUCUAAGCAUUUGGGUAUGUAAUGUCAAUUUACAACUUAAAAUUGUGUUUUCUCCUACGGCACUUAUGUAUGAGUUCAACUGUCAUAUUUUGUGGACACCAACACUUUUCAUCUCUAAAUCUUGGGCAAAUCAUUGGUGAUACCAUUAACCAUGCUAAAAUAGAAAUGAUGAUAUAACUCA